GGCCUCCACAGCUGUUUAACCGGAGAAAUGCCGAUGGAAUUGGACAAAUUUUCUCCUCAGGCACGCGGUGAGGAACUAAACCCAAUACGUUUGACGCGCCCGUCCUUUCGCAGCCACCAGAAAGCUCACUCAUCAACCUCAAAUUCGACGCUCAAUCUCAUUCACCUAAUCCCAGCUCAGCUCAUUGCGACUCCAACCCGACACAACCGCCAAUAUGAGCUUCGCACCCAUCAACCCCCGCCCUAUGCUUGAGGAGCUCGUCAGCAAGCAGGUUCUGGUUCGCCUAAAAUGGGGGGAGACUGAAUACAAGGGCACUCUGGUCUCGAUAGACAGUUAUAUGAACAUUCAACUUUCCGGUACCGAAGAGUACAUCGCCGACAAGCCCACUGGUUCUUUGGGACAAGUACUGAUCCGAUGCAAUAACGUGCUAUGGGUGCGCGCAGCUGAUGCAGGAGGCGACGCGGAUGCUGCCAUGUCUGGUUAAUCUUAAUCUCUAUGGAAGGCGAUGGGACUAUCUGAUCUGAGGGAUAGAGAGGAGGAUACGGCGCUCUCGACAACGCAGAGAUUUAAUCUAGUAUGAGCCCUGCGCCCGGGACCUGCCCUGACGCGACACCGCUUUUUUCAACCACCAAAAACUACACCCGAGGCUGAUUUCAUGUACUCACGGACGCUUCAUCGCGACGCCGCAGUUGUCGACUUAUUUCAAAAUUUAGAUAUGAAUUCCAGGCGGACGACUCACGCAGCCUACAGAAUGGCAGGGUUGCUGGGUCUUAAUUCUUAUUUCAACUUCUGAGCAAGACCAAAUUUCUCUCCGUUCACGUGUGCUCUUUCCGGUCAAGAGUUUCAACUUAACCUCACACUGGUUAUAUGCGCGAUAUCGAGGGCUCAAAAGAUUUACUAUCCUGUUGACACUUGAGACAAAAAUCAACAAUUGUCUUGAUAUAAGACUGUGAUGGCGCUGGAUUUUCACGAACCCCCAUUAGAGGGAAGUCAAGUUUUGAAACUCCCAAAUCUCACUCGACUCAUGGUGACUAUGGAAUCAGCCUGUGGGAUGCCGAUGAGCUUCCAUAGGGAAAGACACUUCCUUACCACCACAAACUAUUUGGGUUUGAAAACGACUCGUUUCUUCGCAACAAGUUAACGUAUCUACAAGACAAAGCUUGCAACAAGAUCUUAUCCGCUUUCAACGUGAUAUAACGCAGUGGUCGGCAUUGAAGCUGAUGCCAUUUACAAGUUUGGAUUACGUAUUUACCAUGUCAGUUCCCUACUUCCUACCUGAAGUCUGAAGUCUGAGAAAAAGUCAUUGACAUUUAUUAUAUACAUAUUACUCCCAGUGAGUGAUAAAUGCAGCUUGGGAAAACCGUUCGUAGUGGUUGCUGUCUGGUUACUCACACUACCUGCAAGUCAACCAUGAACCAAUAAAAGAUCUCGAAAACUUAUAAUAAAAAUCUACUCAUCUUUUUACCCCAGGAGAAUGAUGGAUAUGUAAAGAUAUAUCAAGUCCAUGUUCUUCCAGCCCGUUUCCUAUACAUGAAAGUUAGCUACGUCUAGCCAGCCAAGACACGACGUAGCCAACUGAUCGAUUGGUAUGCCCAAAACAAGGAUCCCGUACAUUGCUGUAUUUACGUUUUCACUAGACUGCGGGUUGUUCGUAAUUAGACACAGUUGAGUCAGGACACAGAAUAC